GUAGAAACUCGCACGUUCCUGAAUCCAUCGUUUAAUUACAUGCAAACUAGCAAAUAUUCUUUGCUCAAAGCUACAGGCAUUAAAAAGUCAUGCCGUGAUUUUAUAAUCAUUACCAUUAGGAAAUGCAGAUCCCCCAACUCAAAACGUUAUUGGGUGGAUUCUUGGACAUCAAACUUGCAAAGCAAAUUCAUGGCUUAAUCCUUAUUACUGGUUUUCACCAUCUCGAGCCGAUUUUGGUUCGUCAAAUCAUUAUCUCUGCUGGCAAUUAUCAUCAGAAUAAAGUAACCCAGUAUGUUGAAUUAAUCCUCAGACAUUUGCGAUGUAAAGAUGUAAUCCCACUGGGAUUUGCCAUAAGGUUCCUCUCCCAGCAAGGCCAGUCCCAGGACGCCGUCCUUUUAUACGUACAACUUCAGGGUUCUGGGCUGAUUCCUAAUACGUUUUCGAUAGCAUCUGCUCUGAAAUCUUAUGGCAAGAUGGGUUGUAAAAGUGGCGGGGUUUCGGUUCAUUCUCAUGUCCAUAAGUUUGGUUUCUCUAAAGUUGUUUAUGUGCAGACAGCCCUAAUGGAUUUUUAUUCCAAAAUGGGUGAUAUGAGGACGGCACGUAAGGUGUUUGAUGAAAUGGGGUUGAAAAAUGUUGUGUCUUGGAAUUCUUUGCUUUCUGGUUAUGUGAAAUCUGGGGAGCUGGUAAUGGCACAAAAGGUGUUUGAUGAAAUGCCUGAGAGGGAUACUAUAUCGUGGAAUACGAUGUUGUUAGGUUAUUGCAGGGCAUGUGAGAUGAGUCGGGCGUAUUCUGUGUUUAGGGAGAUGCCAGAGAAGAAUUCGGCUUCUUGGAAUGUAAUGAUCCGCGGUUACGUUGACGCUGGGAAGAUUGAGGUAGCGCACGGUUUCUUGGAAACAAUGCCUCAGAGAGACAGCAUUUCUUGUAUCACGUUGAUAUCUGCGUAUUCAAAAUGCGCUGAUGUUGAGUCUGCUGAGAAGAUUUUUUAUCAGGAGGAAAAAAGGGACCGGCUUUUGUAUAAUGCAAUGAUAGCUUGUUAUGCGCAAAAUGGUUGGCCGAAAGAGGCUCUUCAUCUGUAUGAUGAGAUGUUUCAACCGAAUUUGAACAUUCGGCCUGAUAAAAUUACUUUGGCAAGUGCUAUUUCGGCUUGCUCUCAACUGGGAGAUGCAAAACGGGGGAGUGAAAUAGAGUCAUGCAUGGGUGAUUUAGGGAUUAGAAUGGAUGAUUAUCUAGCCACAGCUUUGAUUGACUUGCACACAAAAUGUGGAGAUAUCAACAAAGCUUGUGAAUUAUUCCAUGGCUUGCAGAAGAAGGAUGUAGUUGCCUAUACUGCUAUGAUUUUGGGUUGUGGAACACAUGGCCGUGCAAGUGAUGCCGUCAAGUUGUUUGAGAACAUGAUCAAUUCUGAAAUCACCCCUAACUUAGCAACAUUCAUUGGGGUGUUAUCUGCCUACAAUCAUGCUGGAUUGGUUGAAGAAGGCUAUAGCUGCUUUUGUUCAAUGCAGAAGUAUGGACUUUUUCCCUCUGUUGAUCACUACUCCAUUAUUGUUGAUCUUUUAGGCAAGGCUGGUAGAUUGGAAGAAGCUUAUGAGUUGAUAAAGGAAAUGCCAAUGCAGCCUCAUUCAGGGGUUUGGGGAGCGUUGCUUCUAGCUUGCAGUUUGCACAACAAUCUUGAACUUGGCGAGAUUGCAGCUGCAAAGUGUGUCCAGUUAGAACCCGAUAGCACUGGAUAUUAUUCCCUCCUUGCUAAUAUUUAUGCCUCUUCUGGGAGGUGGGAUGAAUCGAAACAAUUGAGAGAAGCUGUUGAAGAAAUGAGUUUUGACAAGGUUCCGGGUUGUAGUUGGAUGGAAAAUGCUAAAGCUCAGAGAUGUUGAAUACUUGUAUUAGACAAUAAAAAUGUCUUUCUUGUGGGAAAUAGAGUGAACUAAGGUGUUGCUUGCCUAUACAGUGCAGAUUUAAGUGGUUGGUUGGCUUCUACAAGAAAGGAAACUUGUAUUCUUCUACUAUCUGAUUGACCAGAAGAUGGACGUAAGCAUGCACCCUGCUUGAAAUUAAAACUAUGAUAGUCCUAUACUAACACUCUGUGUUUUUCUAGCAUUGAAACAUGCAAGAACAUCAUCUCCAAGGCGCGAUCAGAAGUUAGCCUGCUGGCCCUUUUAGUAGAGAAGUCACUGGUGUCACACCUCUGAUUUGAGCUCUGAGGAUUCUACAAGGAUACAGAAAGCUUCUUCCUAGCUUUUGUAUUUAAAUUUAUGUUGUUUUCUGGAUUUCUGGUUCAGUGGGCUCAGGCAGGGAUUGCAUAACUAAUUCUGUCAUUUUUUUAUACUGACUGAAUUGGCAAGCUCAUAAUACUGUGAUCCAGAAAUGUAAUUACUACAACUACGCAGACGUGAUCAAAGAAGCACAAGACCAAUUAUGUUUUGCUCUACCAGAUGAAAUAAGGCAGUGAAGUGGUUCUGGUGAACGGUCGAGGAUAUAGCAGCAUCUAACAUAGGAUGCGGAUGAAUAGAAGAUACAGACAAGUCGCGGUACAAGUAUUUGGAACCUAUUUCAGUUCCUUCGAAGAUUGUAAAACAGGAUUCUAUGGAAACUAGAACAGAUAAGCUCCGCUUUCCUGCAGAUUCAGUGCUUCAGUCAACGGUGAGCUUUAUUCACACCCAAGGAGGGCAAGCCUAAAAAUUCUCGAAGAAAAUUCAGCAAUUUGAGAAGCAGUUUUCUCUUCUUGCGGAUUAUGUGCAAUGUAAAGGGAAAAAAUUUCAAAAACCUUACUGACCUUCGUCUAGGAAAGAAAUAAAAUAAAAUAAAUAAAAAAACAGAAC